CAGAUACUUCCGGGUUUCGGAGCGAUCACGUGGUUGGCACGACGUAAUUAUAUAUAAUUUUUUGUACAUCUUUUUGUAUAGUUUUGCAUCACUUUGGUAUUUGGUCACUAGUUUGGCACUUUGGGUUGUCACACACAUAUAACAUAUUUGUUCGUAUGCCGUUAUAGGAACACAUUCACUCACUUAUGCACUACAAGUGAUUCUUAAUGAUAUUCAUAAUAUCUAUACUUAUAACACUGUAAUUAAUAUACUGCCACACUUAGUUCACAUUACACACGCUACACAGAAUGAUACUAGACCCAUCGUUUAUUGUUUAUAUUGGUCUCCUAGCAACCACGUUCACUGCGGUCACGUCAUCACGCACUACACACGUCACGUGAUGAUCGGUAUACACUUCUGGGUUCGGAGUGAAAGGAUGAGGGAGUUAAUCACAAUUGGUGAGUACACUAUAUUUUUCCUAUAUAUACUUUGACUGUAUUUUUACAGUCAACUCCUCGCGCCCUCUGUAGUUAUGUCGGGUGCCGGAAUAUGACGCAUCACUAAACUACGCGCAAGGGAGCAGUGGGGAGCAGGAAGGCUGAGCACCAGAUAGAAGAUCCCCACUGGACCCCAGGGAUGAAUACAAUAAUUUGAGUGUGUGCAAGAAUGUGAAAAAUGUGUGCGUGUGUGUCUGUCAGAGUGUGUGUGUGUGUCUGUCAGAAUGAGUGUGUGCGUGUGUGUCUGUCAGAGUGAGUGUGUGUGUGUGUGUCUGUCAGAAUGAGUAUGUGUGUUUGUGUCUGUCAGUGAGUGUGUGUCUGUCAGUGUGUCAGUGAGUGUGUGUGUCUGUCAGUCUGUGUGUGUGUCAGUGAGUGUCUGUAUGUCUGUCAGUUAGUGUGUCUAUGAGUGUGUGUCUGUCAGUGAGUGUGUCAGUGUGUGUCUGUCAGAAUGAGUAUGUGUGUUUGUGUCUGUCAGUGAUUGUGUGUCUGUCAGUGUGUCAGUGAGUGUGUGUGUCUGUCAGUCUGUGUGUGUGUCAGUGAGUGUCUGUAUGUCUGUCAGUUAGUGUGUCUAUGAGUGUGUGUCUGUCAGUGAGUGUGUCAGUGUGUGUGUGUGUCUGUCAGUGUGUGUUUGUCAGUGAGUGUGAGUGUGUGUCUGUCAGUGAGUGUGUGUGUGUUGGUCAGUGUUGCGUUGGCCGCGGCUGGACAGUGUAGGGCCUGGAGAUGAAUGGAGGCACGCAACACCAGGUCACAUUCCAACGUGGCGUCGACGUGCUCCACCUUGACAGGGUUUCACUCAUAUUACCAAAGAAAGCCUGGGCCAUGCCGCUAUCCUAUUCACUCACGCAAUGAGUAGCAGAUUGAGGGUUAAUUAAAGGAGGUGAAUGGAACAUUUUACCCCGCUUGUUUAAACCCAAAUUAUGUCUUCCAUUGUUUUUUGUGCCGCACUCUUUAAGAAUUUCCAAUCCUUUGCGACACAGUAUAACAGAGUUGUUCAGUCAAUUGUGAAUUGUCUGAAAUUCUUGGAGAAUUCUCCUCUCUGCGUCAGUUUACAAUCAUUUCAUUACAACGUGCAAUCUACACUGCACAGAAACGAGGAAUAUAGCGGCCGUCUCUGUAGUCGCUGUACUUUCAGUUCAGAUAAAUAUUUAAACUCCCCGUGGACUACAUUUGAGUUCCUGACACUGCACACUUUAGUGUAUAACCACCGCCAGUGUUCAAUUGAUUCGAGGUAGAAUAAUAUCCCAUUGCUCACGCAGAGCCCUGAUGAAUGAGUAAAAACUACAAUGACAGUCAUGCUUUGCUUCCUCCUUUUGCACUGAUUGGCUGUUUUUGUGGCCAAUGACUAAGCUGAUAACCAUAAAGCAGGUGGUGAUGGGGAUGUGGUUUUAGAGAAUGAUGGCGUGGAACACUAAAGCAUCAAUGAAGCGUUUGCUGAUUGUUAAGGCUUUUCUGAUCCUGACUCUGUGCCUGGAGUAUGGAGGGGGGCAGAAGAAGAAAGAGGUUUGUGGUCAUUCAAUGGUUAAGCUGGUUGUAUUUGUUUCUGCUGCUAUGGUGAUACUAUGUAUCAGAAUGUCUCUUUCCUAUUUAAUAGCCCUCCAAGGAUUGCCCCUUUCCCUGGGAAUACAUAUUACACCGUUUACUCAUUUAUUGCGCAAGGUUAAAUUAUUUUAGUUAUUUACGCAAACAGAAACUUCUCCUUAUUCACAAAUUGUGAAAUUGUAAUUUUGUCUAUAUUCGUUAUAUAAAAUUUUCAUAAAAAAAAUAAUUCCACUUCAUAUGUGAACAUAACAUAUCCACUGGGAGUCUGUGCUCUCGUCUUUUAACAAAAUGCAUUUCACGUAUUCCAGUAUAAUUUAUCUGUAUUCUGUCUGUACAUACAAUAGUUUGUAAUAUACACUACGUUUUUAUAAUAAACCGGAUGUUGUACCUUUACUGCUUUAGAUUAAAUGUAAAAAAAAUUACAGGUUAGCUUAGAGGGUUAUUCCAAGCACCAUGAGCACUUCAAUGAUUUGAAGUGGUCAUGGUGCCUGGAGUCUCUACGUGGAGCAUUUCGAUUUGAAACGAUGCACAUAGAAAUAGUUUAACCCCUUAGCUGCCGGAGUUGUAACUUCAUCUCUGGCAACGUCUUCAAAUGUUGUUGAACGUUGUUCUGUGCUGGCUGAUAGGAAUUUUGUGCAAAACUGGAGUCUGACGCCAGCACGUCCAUCAUGCUGACGCCAGACAACCAGUCAUAGAACGGCAUUCCCAGCAUGCCUCUUUUGUCCUCCCCUCAGUCCGAUCUCCCUGUUCUCUGUGGGGGGGAUUGCCAGCUCAGAAAAGGUUAGUCUAGCCAGAACCAGUAGUGGGGUUCAAAAAUAUUAGUAACCAGUUCUGACUUUUUAUAUGUUUCCAAAUCCACAGGACCGGCCCGAGACAAUGUGCUGCCUCCACCCCCUACUACUCCCUCCCCCGUCAUGCACACACACACACAAGCACAUCGACACAGUCACACAUAUAUAUCCCGGGGGGCAAAGGGAAUGCUAUUAAUGCAUUAAAUGCAUAAACUUUGUAUAUCUUGCCAAUGAGCAGAAUAUACAAAAAUUAGGUAUACCAUGCAAUGAACAAUAAAUACAUAAACUAGGAAUAUCAUGCCAAAGAGCAAUAAAUUCAUAAAAUUUGUAUAUCAUGCCAAUAAGCCAUAUGUGCCUCCAAACAGCCUACCAAUGCCAUUCUGCCCUUAGCCUAUGCAUGCCAUCUCUCUGCCACUAGCCUCUCUGUGCCAUCUCUCUGCCCUUAGCCUCUCUGUGCCAUCUCUCUGCCACUAGCCUCUCUGCCUCCAGUGGGGGUGACAGUGUGACAAUGUGUGGUGAUGGUGACAGUGUGUGUGGGAAGGUGACAGUGUACGUGGGAGGGUGACAUCCCUCCUUCCAUAUAUGUCUCUCUCUCUUUCCCCUCCAUGUCCCUUUAUCCCUUUCAUUCAUGUCCCCUGCCCCUAUAUGUCCUGCUACCUCUUCCAUGCAUGUCUUUUCCCUUCAUGUCCCCUUUCCCCUCCCCUCCAUGUACCCCUACCAGUCAUGUCCCCCCCUUCUAUCCAUGUCUCCCCCUUCCAUCCAUGUCCCCCCUCUCCCUCUAUGUCCCCUUACCAAUUCCAUCCAUAUCCCCCUCCCCUCCAUGUCCACUUACCAAUUCCAUCUAUGUCCCCCUCCUUUCCAUGCCCCCCUCCUCUCCAUGUCCUUUUCCUCCAUGUCAUUCUCCUCUUCAUGUUCCCCUCCUCUCCAUGUCCCUUUCCCCUCUCCAUGUCCCCCUUCUCUCCAUGUCCUUCUCCUCCAUGUAUUUCUCUGCUUGUUAUAAUUACAUUACCCAUUGUGUAAGGUAAUUGUAUCACAGGCAGAGGGGAGGAUUUUGUGUGGGAGUGUCUGAGUGUAUUGUAUGUGUUUAUUGGUUGUGUUCCAAAACCCUGUGGGUGGUACUAAUGUGUAAGAAUGUGUACAUAAGCACAAUAAACCCACAGCUCUGUCUGUUCACUGCUUGACCUUCAACACGGAGCUUUGUCUCGUUCUUGGGGGGAUUUAUUGUAUGCUGUUCCAGUUUGACUGCUAGGAGUGUAAACCUAUUGGUAUGGUUUUUCCUAUUCGGCUGUUUACAGCAUUCAUAUGGUUUCCUGUUCUGCGGAUUGGUGUUCUGCAGUAGCUGUGCCUGUGUCUCUGGAAGGGAAGAUCUACUAAAUGGCGGUUUUUACCCCUUUUAAGCCUGGGGGUGACGUUACAGUUACAUAGUUACAUAGCUGAAAAGAGACUUGCGUCCAUCAAGUUCAGCCUACCUCACAUUUGUUUUUUGCAGUUGAUCCAAAAGAAGGCAAAAAAACCCAGUUUGAAGCACAAUUUUGCAACAAGCUAGGAAAAAAAUUCCUUCUUGACCCCAGCAUGGCAGUCAGAUUUAUCCUUGGAUCAAGCAGUUAUUACCCUACAUUGAAAGAUUAUAUCCUUGAAUAUUCUGUUUUUGUAAGUAUGCAUCUAGUAGCUGUUUGAACAUCUGUAUGGACUCUGAUAAAACCACUUCUUCAGGCAGAGAAUUCCACAUCCUGAUUGUUCUUACAGUAAAAAAACCUUUCCUUUGCCUUAGACGGAAAUCUUCUUUCUUCCAGUCUAAACGCAUGGCCUUGUGUCCUAUGUAAAGUCCGGUUUGUGAAUAGAUUUCCACACAAUGGUUUGUAUUGGCCCCGAAAAUAUUUGUAUAAUGUUAUCAUAUCCCCUCUCAGGCGAUGUUUUUCUAAACUAAAUAGGUUUAAAUUUGUUAACCUUUCUUCAUAGCCGAUAUGUUCCAUUCCUUUUACUAAUUUUGUAGCUCGCCUCUGCACUUUUUCUAGUGUCAUAAUAUCCUUCUUUAGAACAGGUGCCCAAAAUUGCACAGCAUAUUCAAUAUGGGGUCUUACCAGUGAUUUAUAAAGAGGCAAAAUGAUAUUCUCGUCCCGAGAAUGAAUGCCCUUUUCAUGCAUGACAAUACCUUACUGGCCUUGGCCACUGCUGAUUGACAUUGCACAUUGUUGCAUAGUUUGUUGUCUAUAACAAUUCCCAAGUCCUUUUCGUGUGUUGCACAUUUUUUAGAAAUAGAAGUAAUAAGAUAUUGUUAUCCGUUAAGACUAAGAUUAUGUGAGCAUGCUGUCAUUCUACAGGUUAGACUGUUUUUUUUUUAAUGCUAAGAUUUUCUGUAAAAUGUUCCUUUAAAAACUGACUGCUAUGUGGUCUUCAGUCUUCAAAGGGUCAAUCAAAGAAUUAAAAUCACUAUACCUUAUUAUAUAAUUAUAACAUUGUCCAUACCUGCCUAGUGUCCUUAUUUAGGAGGGACAGUCCUUGUGUUGGGCCCAAAUUCCACUGUCCCUCUUUUCUCUCCUAAUGUCCCUCUUUUCUAGGAGCUCUAUAUUGUUAAUGUGUCUGAGUGUAUAACAGAGCUCCACAGUAAUAACAUUCCCAGUAAUGUGUCUGAGUGUAUAACGGAGCUCCACCGCAAUAAUACUCCCAGUAAUGUGUCUGAGUGUAUAACGGAGCUCCACAGUAAUAAUACUCCCAGUAAUGUGUCUGAGUGUAUAACAGAGCUCCACAGCAAUAAUACUCCCAGUAAUGUGUCUGAGUGUAUAACAGAGCUCCACAGCAAUAAUACUCCCAGUAAUGUGUCUGAGUGUAUAACGGAGCUCCACGGCAAUAAUACUCCCAGUAAUGUGUCUGAGUGUAUAACGGAGCUCCACAGUAAUAAUACUCCCAGUAAUGUGUCUGAGUGUAUAACGGAGCUCCACAGCAUCAAUACUCCCAAUAAUGUGUCUGAGUGUAUAACGGAGCUCCACAGCAAUAAUACUCCCAGUAAUGUGUCUGAGUGUAUAACAGAGCUCCACAGCAAUAAUACUCCCAGUAAUGUGUCUGAGUGUAUAACAGAGCUCUACAGCAAUAAUACUCCCAGUAAUGUGACUGAGUGUAUAACAGAGCUCCCAAGCAAUAAUACUCCCAGUAAUGUGUCUGAGGGUAUAACAGAGCUCCACAGCAAUAAUACUCCCAGUAAUGUGUGUGAGUGUAUAACAGAGCUCCACAGCAAUAAUACUCCCAGUAAUGUGUCUGAGUGUAUAACAGAGCUCCACAGCAAUAAUACUCCCAGUAAUGUGUCUGAGUGUAUACCAGAGCUCCACAGCAAUAAUACUCCCAGUAAUGUGUCUGAGUGUAUAACAGAGCUCCACAGCAAUAAUACUCCCAGUAAUGUGUCUGAGUGUAUAACAGAGCCCACAGCAAUAAUACUCCUAGUAAUGUGUCUGAGUGUAUAACAGAGCUCCACAGCAAUAAUACUCCCAGUAAUGUGUCUGAGUGUAUAACAGAGCUCCACAGCAAUAAUACUCCCAGUAAUGUGUCUGAGUGUAUAACAGAGCCCCACAGCAAUAAUACUCACAGUAAUGUGUCUGAGUGUAUAACAGAGCCCCACAGCAACAAUACUCCCAGUAAUGUGACUGAGUGUAUAACAGAGCUCCACGGCAAUAAUACUCCCAGUAAUGUGUUUGAGUGUAUAACAGAGCUCCACAGCAAUAAUACUCCCAGUAAUGUGUCUGAGUGUAUAACAGAGCUCCACAGCAAUAAUACCCCCAGUAAUGUGUCUGAGUGUAUAACAGAGCUCCACAGCAAUAAUACCCCCAGUAAUGUGUCUGAGUGUAUAACAGAGCUCCACAGCAAUAAUACUCCCAGUAAUGUGUCUGCGUGUAUAACAGAGCUCCACAGCAAUAAUACUCCCAGUAAUGUGUCUGAGUGUAUGACAGAGCUCCACAGCAAUUAUACUCCCAGUAAUGUCUUUAAACUAUAAUAAAUGUCUUAAGAAAUCAGUCUGUGUAAAUAAGAUACAUUGUUUCUGUUCUAUUGUUAUUCGUAAGAAGCCUAAAAUUUCUCAGAAAUGUCUCGCAUUUUAGUCAUGAAGAAAGGUUAACAAAUUUAAACCUCUUUAGUUUAGAAAAACAGCACCUCAGAGGGGAUAUGAUAGCAUUAUAUAAAUAUAUCCGGGGACCAUACAAACCAUUGUCUGGAAAUCUGUUCAUAAACAAGACUAUACACAGGACACAAGGUCACGCAUUUAGACUGGAAGAGAGGAGAUUUAGUCUAUGGCAAAGAAUUUUUUUUUUACAGUAUGGACAAUGAGGAUGUGGAAUUUUCUGUCUGAAGAGGUGGUUUUAUCAGAGUCUAUACAGAUGUUGAAACAGCAAUUGGAUAAAUACUUGCAAAAACAUAAUGUACAGGUAUAUAAAGGGAUAUAAUUUCUUGAUCCAAGGAGAUAUCUGACUGCCAUUCAGGGGUCAGGAAGGAAUUUUGUUUCCUAGUUUGUUCCAAAAUUGAAAGCACUUCAAACUGUCCUUAUUUUGAAUCAAUGGCAAAAACAAAUGUGAGAAAGGCUGAGCUUGAUGGACACGUUUCUUUUUAGCUAUGUAACUAUCCAAUGAUACAAUAAUCUUUCAGUGUAGCUGCUGUAUAAUUUUAUACUGUGUCAAUGAUAAAUUAUUAGAUGUUUUUUUCAUUCUAGAAUCUAUUGAGUGAGAAGGUGGAGCAGAUGAUGGAGUGGAGCUCGCGACGGUCCGUCAUCCGUAUGAAUGGCGAUAAAUUUCGGAGAUUAGUGAAAGCGCCUCCGCGUAACUAUUCAGUGAUAGUGAUGUUUACUGCCCUCCAGCCUCAGAGGCAAUGUUCUGUUUGCAGGUAAAGUAUCUAGUAACCUUAUCAGAAAAAUAAAAACCUCAUUAUUAUUUAUUUAUUUAAUUUAAAUGAUUGUACUUUUAACUGGAUAGAUAGCUCACUUGGUUAAUGUAACAACUGCAGUACUAGUUAAAACAGCUUUUCUUUUUGGAAGGCUCAACUGAACCUUUCAUACUUCUGCGGUCGAUAAAAUAAGUAAUAAGUAAUUGAGUUGGGAAAUAACCCAGGAUGAACUUAAAAAAGUAAAUAAAUUGAAAUGAAUACUAUUUUUUUUAAAAAUGCUAUAAUUAUUUUUAAUUGCAAUAUGUCGUAAUAAGGCACUUUGCGAACCUUUUUUUUUGGCGAUUCUAUGGCCCAUCUGCUAUUAAACCCUCUGCAUCCUUCGUCCUUUUGGUCCAGAGACAAAUGAUGGCUAAUGUCUGGCACUGCAUUUGUUGAAGACUAUGUUUCCCAUGAGUCAUUAGGGCCACUUAUCUUGAUUAUUCAAUUAAAAAACGUGUUGCAGACUAAUACCAUGCUUAUAAUUGGGGUCCCUUGCAGAAAAGGGUAAGAAUGAACUUUGAAUAGUGAUAAGAAAACAGUCUUUAAUUUGUGAUAUAAAUAUUAUACGUUGUACAUAAAUAGUACAAGAUUAGGAGAUGUCAAUUAUCAUAUGUAUUAUAUAAAUGGUACGUGUUAGGACACUGUUUAAUAGAUGAAGCCAAUGAUACCGAAAAUUGCCAUAAGCACAAAAUCAGGUUCGCAGUUCAAUAGGGUCAAACGAAUAAUAGUCAGGAAAGCCAAAAGGUCAGGCGGCACAGGAUCGUAGUUGGGAAUCAGGAAAGGGUCAAAUACCAGGAAAACAACAGGACAGGCACUGAAGGUAUCACCAUCAUAGGCACACAGUAUACCUGAGAAAUGAGUCUAGGAGCAGAGGAGUUUAAAUAUGGAAAAGAGGCAUGUCGACUUACUUCAACUCCGCCUUCUAAAUACGCCCCUUUGACAGUUAUGCCCACUGUCCAUUUCAGAAGGCGUUGCUUCGGCACGUGCGCCAAAGGUCCCUCCUGUUGCUUUGCCCCUCUGCCAAUGUGUGAGUGGAGCGGGCAGACUCCGAUCCGUGGUGCCGUUCCUGGGAUGCUCCGAAACGGCGCCUUCAUUAAAAGAAAGGGAGAUGCUGUGUGGGAGUGCGCAGUAAGGUGACAAAGGAGCGGGGGUCUGACAGUACGAGUUUACGAGAUAUAAAUUAUUAUACGUAUUACAUAAAUAUUACAAGAUUAUAAAAUAUAAAUAAUUAUACUAUUACAUAAAUGGUACGAGAUUAUGAGAUAUAAAUUAUAAUACAUAUUACAUAACUAGUAUGAGAUUAUGAGAUAUAAAUUCUAAAAUGGAUUACAUAAUAAGUACGAGUUUACGUGAUAUAAAUUAUUAUACAAAUUACAUAAAUAGUAAGAGUUUACAUGAUAUUCCUUAUACUAUUACAUGAAUAGUACUAGAUUAUGAAAUAUAAACAAUGUAUAUGGUUUACAUAAAUGGUACGAGUUUACGCGCUAUAAUGAUUAUAUCUAUUAUAUAAUUGGUAUGAAAUUACAAGAUAUACAUCAUUAUAUGUAUUAUAAAAAUGAUACCACUGAUCUUUUGGAUGGUGUCUUGAGAGGUGGCAAUGUAUCAGACACAAUCUGACCUUUAACCUGUGUUAUUAUUAUUAUUAUUAAUGCCAUUUAUAUAGCGCCAACAGAUUCCGUAGCGCUUUACAAUAUUAUGACAUUGGGAUUUAACUAUAAAUAGGACAAUUACAAAAAAUGUACGGGAACGAUGGGUUGAAGAGGACCCUGCUCAAACGAGCUUACAUUCUAUACCCUUUAAACAUUGCCCUCUAGAAAAUUCGAAUUGGUCAGACCAUUUUCCCAUUUUGCGGUCAUAUGUCUGAUUUGGGAACUGAAUCUGAAGAACAAAAAAUGUGAAAAUGCGCCAAUAUUGUAAAAUAUAUACAUAACAUCAUGUUUAUAUUUGCAGGACACCAACUGGAGCAUUUUCUCGCUGUUUGAUUCACAGAUCAGAUGGGAAAAGUAACCAACAGAGGGGUAAACAGGGGGAGCAGUACAGAACAUUCUAUAUUAUAUAUUCAUUAAAUGUCUAAUAUGUAUAGACUUUAUUUACUGCCAAUUCUGGUUUUCCCUCGGCCUCCUAGCUAUUAAAAGUUAUUUUUACCAUCAAUCAUCCCUUUUUAUACUUCUGGAAUCCUGAUCCGAACUGGACAAGUUCAGCAUUGUGGGUUUUGGGUGGUCCAUAAUUCGGGUACAGAGGGCUUGGGCGGCUGAAGUUGUGGGGCACCGAGAGGAGCCCUGUCACAUGGGGACCAGGAGGUGGCUGUCUGGCCACCUUAGGGCACUCCCAAAGUGGCCCUUAUUCAGUAAGGAAUCGCAGGCACCUGACUAUUCUGCCGAUAUAUGAUGGGGGGAGAGAGAGGAGGGGGAGGAGGGUUGGGGGGGUAGGAGAGGAUGCAGGCAGCAGAUCCUCUGUGAUGACAGGAGCCGGAAUAUUAUAUAAUUCUGGCCUUGGCACAUUAUACAGCGCACAGCAGGAAUGAGUGUGCGCGUCUGUUUAAUUGAUGGUUUGUAUCAGUGUCUGUCAGUGAGUGUGUCUGUCAGUGAGUGUGCAUCUGUCAGUGAGUGUGUCUGUCAGUGAGUGUGCAUCUGUCAGUGAGUGUGUCUGUCAGUGAGUGUGCCUGUCAGUGUGUCUCUCUCAGUGAGAUUGUGAGUCUGUCAUUGGGAGUGGUCCGUCAUUGAUGGUCUGUAUCAGUGUCUGUCAGUGAGUGUGUCUGUCAGUGUUUCUCUCUCAGUGAGAGUGUGUAAAUGUCAGAAAGCGUGUGCCUGUUUAGAAAAACUGGGUUGGGCUUAUAGAUGGAAAGGUAAAGUCAUUGCCAUGGAAACAUGCAUGUCGGAACAUUUGCAAAGGGGAUGGGUUAGUAAGGUAACAAGGCCCACGUGGGGGGGCACUAUGUGUGUAGCAGUUCAGCCCAAAAUAAAUCUCAAAGUCUAGUGCCCUCCUGACUUUGCUGUCCUUUGAAGGUGAGCAUAUGAUAAAGUGGAUACAGAAAUUAAAGGUAUAUCAAGUCCCAGAAUCCUUAGCUGCAGGAUAAGUUCUGCAUUCUGAGAAGAUCUGUGCGAAAAUCGAUUUUCUGAUUUAUAUGAGAAGCGCUGAUUUAUAAUUGAUACAAUCAGAUACACAAUUUGGGAAUGUGAUGUCCUGCGGUUUUCCCAAAUAUCUGGUUAGAAUAUUUUGUGAGGUUUAUCACCUCAGUUCGAGAGAACCUUUGAAAUCAUUUAGAUUUUCAUAACAUCAUUGUUUAAAAUCAGUUAUCAUUAAGUAAUAAGAUUAAUAUUCUUCGUCAUCGGAGUUCGCUACAUGCAAGGUAGGUUUAUAGACAAUUAACCACUAGAGGGCAGCAUUUCUCUGUACUAUGUGCACAGCCAGAUGAGCGUUUAUUGAUGUGUAUUUUACCAACAGGCAAGCUAAUGAAGAAUACCAAGUCCUGGCGAAUUCGUGGCGCUAUUCGUCAUCAUUCUCCAACAAACUUUUCUUCACCGUUGUGGACUACGAUGAAGGGGCAGAUGUUUUCCAGCAGGUGAAUGAAAGUAUAGAUUGUCCACCAUUGUAAAUGAUAUACUAGCAGUGGUGUAGCUAGUGCUUUUGCUACCAGAGGGCUGCCCCUGGGUUUGCCACCCCUAUCUCGAGUCACGUCAUGUCCGGUGCAGUGGCGGACGUCAGUGGCUGCACCAGAUAUACCUCUUUUAAGUACUCAACGCCUCUAACAAAGUUUACACAGUUACACAGUUUACAACCUUUUCAAGCUUUUUUAAAGAUAUACACCCAAUGAAAAUAUGUAUGAAAAAUUCAUUGGGGGCAUAUCUACUAAACAGUGAUUUUAUCAGUUGUUGGGGGGUUGCCCAUUUGGGCAGAGUGUUCCUUUAAAUAAAUAUUGUUACUGAAGCGCUUCAGUAUAUUUUACUUUUUGGUGUCAAAGGAAACACUUAGGAGUGAAACACAGCUUAUUAAAUUACAUUUUUUUUAUACACAUUUAAGAAAUAUAUACUUUUAUUUUUUGGCAGGGAGUGUGUCUGUGGAGGGCGGCUAUGGAGGGUGCAGGGAUGGAGUGGGAUUUGUGCAGGGGAGAGGGGGGGAUCUGUGCAGGGGAGGGAGGGGGAGUCAGGGAGAGAGGGGAGAGGGAUCUGGGGAGGAAGGGGACUGUCAGGGGAGGGAGGGAGAGGGGAUCUGUGCAGGGAGGUAGGGGACUGUCAGGGAGGAAGGGGGAGAGGGGAUCUGUGCAGGGGAGGGAGGGAGGGAGGAAACUGUGCAGAGUAGAGAGGGGAUCUGUGCAGGGGAGAGAGAGCAUCUGUGCAGGGGAGAGAGAGCAUCUGUGCAUGGGAGGGGAUCUUUGCAGGGGAGAGAGGGGAUCUGCGCAGGGGAGGGAAGGGAUUUGUGCAGGGGAAGAAGGGGGACUGUCAGGGAGGCAGGGGGAGAGGGGAUCUGUGCAGGGAGGGGAACUGUCAGGAAGGCGGGGGAGAGGGGAUUUGUGCAGGGAUGGGGUCUGUGCAGGGACCGAGGAGAUCUGUGCAGGGUGAGGGAGGGGGAUCUGUGCAUGUGAGGGAGGGGUGACAGGGGUCUGUGCAGGGGAGGCAUGGGUACUGUCAGGGAGGCAUGAGGAGAAGAGAUCUGCACAGGGAGAGGGGCUGUGCAGGGAGGGAGGGUAUCUGUGCAAAGGAGGGAGGGUGACUGCCAGUGCAGGGGAGAGGGAGUCAGUGCAGGGGAGGGAUGGGAACUGUAAGGGAGGUAGGCGGUGCAGGGAGGUAAAGGGGGAGGAGAUCUGUGCAGGAAGGGGGCUGUGCAGGGAGGGAGGGUAUAUUUGCAGUUCCCACUCUGACUCCCUCUCCUUCCUCCCGUGCGGCUCUCUGACAGCUGGGAGGAGUGACCGAGGCUGUUGCUUCCUUCCAGCAGUGGCCCGUAGCCCCCUGGAAAUCCAUAUCCAUCGGGUGGCCUCAACAGCAUGGUUCACCCGAUGGGCCCCUUGAAGAUGCGGCCCCGGCGGUUUGCCGCGCGGGCCAUGGCCGCAACACUGGCUGCGGGUACCCGGAUGCAGGGGUCCGCAGGGCGGCUGGGCCCCCUGAAGUGAUGUGCCCGGUCGCAGCUGUGACCCCUGCGAGCGGUAUGUACGCAACUGGGUAUACAGCUUAAUGUACAGUAUACAGCUUAUGAAUAGUAUACAUCUUAAUGUACGGUAUACAGUUUAAUGUAGUUGUUCAGGUAUCUAUGGCCUGUGCCUGCAGGCUUUUCAAUGUAAACACUGCCUUUUCAGAGAAAAGGCAGUGUUUACAUUACUUCCUGGGAACACCUCUAGUGGCAAUCACUUCCUCCAGCGUCUCCACUUAUUGAUUCAAUGCAUCUCUAUGAAAAGAUCUUGAUUGGCACAGCACAGCAUUUUAGCUUCCCAGUGCUUUCCUAUGGGAAAGCAUUGAAUUGGCAGAGGUUAUCGAGAGUGAGCCAUGGAGGAGAUGCCAACAGCGACCGGAACGGCAUGGAAAAAAAGGUGACUAAAAACACCUUUGCCAUGUAAUUGCAGGUAGGCUGGCCAUCUAACCAGACGCACACACUGACAUACACACUCACUGACAGCAUUUGCCCGGUAUGCCCGAUGGCCAGUCCGGGCCUGCUCUGAUUUGACAAACUGAGAGACACACACUCACUGAUUUGACGCACACACUGAUACUGCAACACUCACACACUGGCGCACACACACACACUGUAACACUCACAAUUUUUUAUUUUAAUGUGUCCACCCAGCGUCCCAGCUUUGGGAGAGCUGGAGUGGUUUGGCUUUCCCUGGUGUCCAGUGGGGCUGCUGUCAUUUCCCUACUCUGUUCACAAGAGCGCUGUUUAGUGAUGCCCGGGCUGAAGUGAUGUCAUAUUCCGGCUCCAGGCAUCACUGGAGGGCGCACAAGAGAGCAAACCUCAGCCAACCGCCUGCCUGCCUCCACUGUGCAUUAGCUCCCUGCCUGACUACGAUCUUACCCCAGGGGCUGAACGGGCUCGCAAAUCCAGGAUCCAGGACAAAAUUCCUAGUUGCCAUGGUGACCUGGCGCCUAGGAUAUGUCGAGCCCUGUCCUGUAGUCUGCAGUGUCACUGCUAGCCAUCCCUGGAAGACCCAGCUCUAGCAUACCUGGCUUACAUGAAUAUGGCCAUGACGGGGAAUAAAAGGUAUAGUGGUAUCAAUAUAGACUGAUCACAAUCCAGUCUCUCACGCACAGAACCUCAAUGUGUAAUACAAUGUAUGACUCUGCAGCGUUCACAGUUCUGUGUGUUUGUGUUUGUAAGACAGAGACAAUAGGAUAUUUGGGCCCUGGAGGAAAUAGUGUGUUUCCCCCCUCGAAAUAUAAAAUAUUAGGUUGUGACUCUCCACACACCCUCAGUCUAUUGUGAGUAUCUCAUAACUCCAACUUUCCCUCUAUUGUGUCUGUUAAUCCUCCAUUAAUAUUAAUUGAACAUUCAAAUGUAAACAAUGUGCAUUCACGUGAUUAUAACUAUUAAAUCAGGGCCGGAUUUCCCAUUGGGUAGAGUGGGCAUCUGCCUACAGGUGUCUGGCUACUAAGAGGCGUCUGUUUCCAGCACUUAUAAUGUGAUUAUUGGGCUGGUGGGGACAUAAGUACUAGGGGCCUUGACCUGUGUCCUCUGUAGCUCACUCAGCCUUAAUAGCAGAGCUGCAGGAACAGUUAUAGAGGGUGUAAAACCCAUUUCUGUCCCAGCUCCUCCAGUGUCUGUGUGUUAGGCUGAACAGGAAGUGGAAGGGUCCACUUCCCGUCUGCCACUAAGAGUCUAAGACGUCCAAACAGCAGCAUCCCUUUCCUCCCACUGCAUGCUACCUACAGCUCCGUGUGAUAUUGAUUGGCCACAUUACAAUGCAAUGAGUGACAGUGCCGGAAGGGGGGUGCUCUGUAAACACGCCUUCAACCUGUCACCGUUUCCCCCCCCUUGAAAUUCCCUAGAACUCUACUGAUUCUAUUCUUUUUUUUAAAUUUACUUAUUUACUUAUUUUGCAGCUCAAUAUGAAUUCUGCUCCAACAUUUAUGCAUUUCCCUGCAAAAGGAAAGCCUAAGAGGGCGGACACCUUCGACUUGCAGCGAAUUGGUUUCGCGGCCGAGCAGCUCGCAAAAUGGAUUGCGGAUAGAACAGAUGUUCACGUAUGUUGUAUCAACGUAUAAAAAGAAGUAAAUGUUAUGUAUCAAAUUAUUAGCCAAAGUCACCCAAGCAGAUAAAUACUUAGCAUGCAUUUAUAGCUAGUGUACUUUUUGUUUGUUUUUUAAUAAAAUUGUUUACAUACACAACACUUGAAUAGUUUAAGUGUGUGCAGGUAUACUUUCCUUGUAUAUUCAGUAAGGCUGGUCAUUUUCUGCCCUCUACACCUAGUCGAGAGAAAACACAGAGGUUUGUUUGACUUUGGAGUUCUGUUUAUUAUACAUUUGUGAUCAUCAAGGGAGAGUCAAUGAAUGCUCUUAGUCAGGGCUUUGCUAAUGAGUUAUAACAUUUUAUGGUGACCUAAUAUACCGCAGGCAGAAAAACGUUUUGUGCAUAGUCACUUUUGCCUUAAGCAAAUCAUAAUAAAAGUCAACCAUUUUACAGGUAUCUUCCAUCUGAUAGGGCAGUUGUGGUGGUAUAGAAACAUAGAAUGUGACGGCAGAUAAGAACCAUUCGGCCCAUCUAGUCUGCCCAAUUUUCUAAAUACUUUCAUUAGUCCCUGGCCUUAUCUUAUAGUUAGGAUAGCCUUAUGCCUAUCCCACGCAUGCUUAAACUCCUUUACUGUGUUAACCUCUACCACUUCAGCUGGAAGGCUAUUCCAUGCAUCCACUACCCUCUCAGUGAGACAGCCGCUAGAGGGAAUGGGGGAAGGCUUAACCCAUUCAUAAACAUAGCAGUUUCUCUGAAACUGAUAUGUUUAUAAAACAAUGGGUUAACCCUAGAAGGACCUGGCACCCAGACCACUUCAUUAAGCUGAAGUGGUCUGGGUGCCUAGAGUGGUCCUUUAACCUUUCCUGGUAAGUUUUGAAAAGAACUGAGAACGUAUGCAGUUGUUUACACAAAUUUGAGUGCGUCUUACAGAUAAAAUGUUAAUAUUUAAUGGAUAUGUAUUUAGGCCAAAUAAGAACAGCUCUCAUAUAAAUUCUGUUUGAAGUUCAGAUGCAGAAACAAGGAUGAGUGAAAGAUUAAACAUAAUAGAUGUUUGUAUUUUCAGUCUAAAUUACUCAGGCGUUACCUGUCUAGCUACCUUUUGCUCCUAUUCCUGCCUUUCUAUAGAUCUAUGGUUCUCCUAGCUUCUUAUUGGUGGUGAAAGGUUGAGCCAGAAGGGGUAGACUAAGGUUCAAGUAGAACAAGUAAAUGAAAUCAAUUACCGAUGUAACCGGGAAGAACAUUGUCAGAAUCUGAGUCACACAUGGAGAGUUGUCAGCUUGUAUUUUCCAUUUUUGUUUUCACAGAUUCGCGUGUUUAGACCUCCAAACUACUCUGGCACAAUCGCGUUGGCCUUAUUGGUUUCCUUAGUGGGGGGUUUGCUCUACCUGAGAAGAAACAAUUUGGAAUUCAUUUAUAACAAGACAGGAUGGGCGAUGGCGGCUCUUGUAAGUAUUUGUAGGGUUUUCUAUCUAUAAUUUUCCAUCUUAUAAAAUGAUUUUUUUUAUGCAAGCAAGUUUAAAGGGACAGGAUCAUAUCAUGAAGGAGCUCGUGUUAAAGCAGAAUCCGAUGGCAUACUGUUUUCUUAUCCUGUGUUUCAAAACCUCAGGAGCCUUCGGACCCCAAUGUGAGGCUGAUAUUAAAUAAGAAUUAAAUAAUGUGACAAUAUUAUGAGUUUUGUUUUGUUUCCAAUAGUUUCCACUACUGUCAUGAAAGUUGGUAUCUCAUAUUUCCAUGUAAUUUUAAUAUAACGUAUCGUAUGUGAUGCUAACGUGAUUGAUUAUUUUUUUUUUAGUGUGUUGUGUUUGCCAUGACAUCAGGACAAAUGUGGAAUCACAUACGCGGACCGCCUUAUGCACAUAAGAAUCCACAAAAUGGUCAAGUGGUACGUCAUUUCAUUAACAGAUUCACCUCCUAGAUAUCCACGCCAGGACUUGAUACACAGCGUGAAUCUUCUCAGCAAUAUGUUCAUCAUACAGAAAACCCACCAGCCCUUUAAUGGAAUAUUCAUAACUUACAGCACCUAUAAUUCACACCAUGGCACCCCAUGACCUAAGCUUCAGGUCGAGACAACAUAACAAGCACCGGCCCAAAAGAGGCACACAGCAGCCAUCAGUCAACUAAAUAGCAUACACCUCAGCCAUAGAAGGCACGGAGCCAUCAGUCAACCAAAUAACAUACACCUCAGCCAUAGAAGGCACAGAGCCAUCAGUCAACCAAAUAACAUACACCUCAGCCAUAGAAGGCACAGAGCCAUCAGUCAACCAAAUAACAUACACCUCAGCCAUAGAAGGCACAGAGCCAUGAGUCAACUAAAUAGCAUACACCUCAACCAUAGAAGGCACAGAGCCAUCAGUCAAUCAAAUAGCAUACACCUCAGCCAUAGAAAGCACAGAGCCAUCAGUCAACUAAAUAACAUACAUCUCAGCCAUAGAAGGCACAGAGCCAUCAGUCAACCAAAUAACAUACACCUCAGCCAUAGAAGGCACAGAGCCAUCAAUCAACCAAAUAACAUACACCUCAGCCAUAGAAGGCACAGAGCCAUCAGUCAACUAAAUAGCAUACACCUCAACCAUAGAAGGCACAGAGCCAUCAGUCAAUCAAAUAGCAUACACCUCAGCCAUAGAAAGCACAGAGCCAUCAGUCAACUAAAUAACAUACAUCUCAGCCAUAGAAGGCACAGAGCCAUCAGUCAACUAAAUAACAUACACCUCAGCCAUAGAAGGCACAGAGCCAUCAGUCAACUAAAUAGCAUACACCUCAGCCAUAGAAGACACAGAGCCAUCAGUCAACUAAAUAGCAAACACCUCAGCCAUAGAAGGCACAGAGCCAUCAGUCAACUAAAUAGCAUACACCUCAGCCAUAGAAGGCACAGAGCCAUCAGUCAACUAAAUAACAUACACCUCAGCCAUAGAAGGCAAAAAGCCACUAGUCAACUAAAUAGCAUACACCUCAGCCAUAGAAAGCACAGAGCCAUUAGUCAACUAAAUAGCAUACACCUCAACCAUAGAAGGCACAGAGCCAUCAGUCAAUCAAAUAGCAUACACCUCAGCCAUAGAAAGCACAGAGCCAUCAGUCAACUAAAUAGCAUACACCUCAGCCAUAGAAGGCACAGAGCCAUCAGUCAACUAAAUAACAUACACCUCAGCCAUAGAAGGCACAGAGCCAUCAGUCAACCAAAUAACAUACCUCAGCCAUCGAAGGCAGAGAGCCAUCAGUCAAUAAAAUAGCAUACAACUCAGCCAUAGAAGGCACGGAGCCAUCAGUCAACCAAAUAACAUACACCUCAGCCAUAGAAGGCAUGGAGCCAUCUGUCAACCAAAUAACAUACACCUCAGCCAUAGAAGGCACAGAGCCAUCAGUCAAUAAAAUAGCAUACAACUCAGCCAUAGAAGGCACUGAGCCAUCAGUCACACAAAUAGCAUACACCUCAGCCAUAGAAGGCACAGAGCCAUCAGUCAACCAAAUAACAUACACCUCAGCCAUAGAAGGCACAGAGCCAUCAGUCAAUAAAAUAGCAUACAACUCAGCCAUAGAAAGCACAGAGCCAUCAGUCAACUAAAUAGCAUACAACUCAGCCAUAGAAAGCACAGAGCCAUCAGUCAACUAAAUAGCAUACACCUCAGCCAUAGAAGGCACAGAGCCAUCAGUCAACUAAAUAGCAUACACCUCAGCCAUAGAAGGCACAGAGCCAUCAGUCAACUAAAUAGCAUACACCUCAGCCAUAGAAGGCACGGAGCCAUCAGUCAACUAAAUAGCAUACACCUCAGCCAUAGAAGGCACAGAGCCAUCAGUCAACCAAAUAACAUACACCUCAGCCAUAGAAGGCACAGAGCCAUCAGUCAAAUAAAUAACAUACACCUCAGCCAUAGAAGGCACAGAGCCAUCAGUCAACCAAAUAACAUACACCUCAGCCAUAGAAGGCACAGAGCCAUCAGUCAACUAAAUAGCAUACACCUCAACCAUAGAAGGCACAGAGCCAUCAGUCAAUCAAAUAGCAUACACCUCAGCCAUAGAAAGCACAGAGCCAUCAGUCAACUAAAUAACAUACAUCUCAGCCAUAGAAGGCACAGAGCCAUCAGUCAACCAAAUAACAUACACCUCAGCCAUAGAAGGCACAGAGCCAUCAGUCAACCAAAUAACAUACACCUCAGCCAUAGAAGGCACAGAGCCAUCAGUCAACUAAAUAGCAUACAACUCAGCCAUAGAAGGCACAGAGCCAUCAGUCAACUAAAUAACAUACACCUCAGCCAUAGAAGGCACAGAGCCAUCAGUCAACUAAAUAGCAUACACCUCAGCCAUAGAAGACACAGAGCCAUCAGUCAACUAAAUAGCAUACACCUCAGCCAUAGAAGGCACAGAGCCAUCAGUCAACUAAAUAGCAAACACCUCAGCCAUAGAAGGCACAGAGCCAUUAGUCAACUAAAUAACAUACACCUCAGCCAUAGAAAGCACAGAGCCUUUAGUCAACUAAAUAGCAUACACCUCAGCCAUAGAAAGCACAGAGCCAUCAGUCAACUAAAUAGCAUACACCUCAGCCAUAGAAGGCACAGAGCCAUCAGUCAACUAAAUAACAUAGACCUCAGCCAUAGAAGGCACAGAGCCAUCAGUCAACCAAAUAGCAUACACCUCAGCCAUAGAAAGCACAGAGCCACCAGUCAACUAAAUAGCAAACACCUCAGCCAUAGAAGGCACAGAGCCAUCAGUCAACUAAAUAGCAUACACCUCAACCAUAGAAGAUACAGAGCCAUCAGUCAACUAAAUAGCAAACACCUCAGCCAUAGAAGGCACAGAGCCAUCAGUCAACUAAAUAGCAUACACCUCAGCCAUAGAAGGCACAGAACCAUCAGUCAACUAAAUAACAUACACCUCAGCCAUAGAAGGCACAGAGCCAUCAGUCAACCAAAUAACAUACCUCAGCCAUCGAAGGCAGAGAGCCAUCAGUCAAUAAAAUAGCAUACAACUCAGCCAUAGAAGGCACGGAGCCAUCAGUCAACCAAAUAACAUACACCUCAGCCAUAGAAGGCACAGAGCCAUCAGUCAACCAAAUAACAUACACCUCAGCCAUAGAAGGCGCAGAGCCAUCAGUCAACCAAAUAACAUACACCUCAGCCAUAGAAGGCACAGAGCCAUCAGUCAACCAAAUAACAUACACCUCAGCCAUAGACGGCACAGAGCCAUCAGUCAACCAAAUAACAUACACCUCAGCCAUAGAAGGCACAGAGCCAUAAGUCAACCAAAUAACAUACACCUCAGCCAUAGAAGGCACGGAGCCUUCAACUAAAUAGCAUACACCUAAGCCAUAAAAGGCACAGAGCCAUCAGUCAACCAAAUAGCAUACACCUCAGCCAUAGAAGGCACAGAGCCAUCAGUCAACCAAAUAACAUACACCUCAGCCAUAGAAGGCACAGAGCCAUCAGUCAACCAAAUAACAUACACCUCAGCCAUAGAAGGCACAGAGCCAUCAGUCAACCAAAUAACAUACAUCUCAGCCAUAGAAGGCACAGAGCCAUCAGUCAACAAAAUAGCAUACACCUCAGCCAUAGAAGGCACAGAGCCAUCAGUCAACCAAAUAACAUACACCUCAGCCAUAGAAGGCACACAGAAGCCAUCGGUUGUCCACACACCAUUCUUCGUACCCAUAGCAAGCAUGCAGCAGCCAUCAGUUUAAAGGGACUCUCCAGUGCAAGGAAAACAAACCCAUUUUCCUGGCACUGGAGAAUCCUGGGGUGCCCCCUUCCCCAUGCCCCCCAUCCCACAGUGCUGAAGGGGUUAAAACCCCUUCAGGCACUUAUAUUUAUCCAGCGCUGUCGGUGCUUUGUCAGGCUCCACCCACACUCCUCCCCUGCCAACGUCAGCCAGCGGGGGAGACCUAAUGCGCAUGUGCAGCAAUGGCCGCGCGCGCAUUAGACCUCCCCAUAGGAAAGCAUUAUUCGGUGCUUUCCUAUGGGGAAUUUCUGACGCUGGAGGUCCGUUAGGAUUCUGGAAGCUCCCCCAGUCUCACUUCCACUGGCACUUUACAUUGCAGCACUAAGUGCAAUGGGGAGACAGCACUCAGACCACUUAAAUUAGCUGAAGUGGUCUAGGUGCCCGGAGGGUCCCUAUAACAUAGUUUAUUCUCUUCAGCCGAGUUUUUAAACUAUAUUUCUUCUUAUUGCUUUGUAAAUGCUUACAGUUGCUGAAAUAUAUUUUAUUAAAAGUAACAGAAUAUAAUUUUUUUCCUUCUCUUCAGAGCUACAUUCAUGGAAGCAGCCAAGCCCAGUUUGUGGCAGAAUCUCACAUUAUUCUUUUACUGAGUAUCCUUUUCAGAUUAAUCUAGCUGAAAUAAAUGGCAUAUUAAAUGCAUAUAAAGGGUUUUAUGUAAACAUAGAUGCUUGGUAUUGCAGUUGGUAGCAACAAUAUUGUUUAUGGUUUUGACAUAUAUAUAUAUUUGAAUACUUUUUUUUGUGUGGUUGAGCUUUGUAUUGAAUCAGUUUUGUAUUUUGACCAAUAUAUGUAACAGUUUUCCCAUGAAGGAGAAGAAGUAUGGACACAGUGUAAAUCAGAAAGUCUUCCCUCGCAGGGGAAGAUACUGUAAAUAUCAAUUUAUGUAAGGAUGCAUUUAUAGAUAACAUGGAACAGAGAGUAAAAAGUUGUAUGAGGCACGGACGUCUAAAGUGAUGCUAUGUAGCACGAACAGUGGUAGAGGGUAACUGCCCUACCGCCGUAUGGCUCAGGAAAAAUCACCAUGUAAGAUUGGGCUUUGUCCUAGUAUGCUCCUCUCCAUCCCGGGGCUAUGGCGUGUCCGAGUGGUGUCAGUGGUUUGAGAUAGGAGACGCGAUAAAAAAAGGGGUGUCGUUGAAAUUUGUUAAUGUGUGCCACAGAAAUAAUGGAUUCAAACAAGCCUCCUGACAGCCCAUUAAACACAAGGUGCUUCCAAUAUUCUUGAAUAACAAGAAUACAUUUAAAUUAUUCAGAAUAUGCAUAACUGUGAAAAUAGAAUAAAUAAAUAAAGGAAAAAAAUGAAAAUACAUUAAAGAAAAAAAGAAGAAAUUUGUAACAAGAAAUUCCAUUGGACUUUUUACAUGAUAAGACGGUUAUCAUCGGCAUAAGUGGUGAUAGGAUGGGACACCUUCUAAUGUUUGGUGAUUAACAUGACUGUAUUUCCACAUAUGAAAAAUAAAAAGAUUUCUAACAGGGUUAUUUACUGUCAGAAAUUCAAAAUGAAUUUUAAAAUUUAGGCUAAAAUAACCAAUUUUAUUUCGGUCAUUUUAUAUAUAUAUAGCUAGCAUUAUAAACCCAGUGAGAGUCCAAAGUAAUGAUUUUACAAUCUUACAGAAGCGAUCUUUAGACUGUUACAGGUAUAUCCACAAUUACGUAUUUUAUAACAUUCAUCUCAAUGAUAUGGUAACAAAACUGAUUGCCAAAAAUAUUUUGCUCCAAACCUUUUAUUAUAAAUAUUUACACACUAUAUAUCGAUAUAGUCCUUAGAUCAGUGGUAAUGUCAACCAAGAAUUCCAGGUUCAAUCCUGGUCAGAGCACCUCACCAGUAAGUGUCCCUAACAAUAAAUAUACAGCAACCUCAAAUGCUCAUAGAUUGUAAGCUGAUGUGAGCAGAGCAUUCUUCAUUUCUAAAUAUCCCCUUUCUAUAAUUGUAAAGCGCUCUGGAAUAUGAGCGCUCUAUAGAAAUGGCACUGUUAUUGAUAAUAAUAUAGCACUCUGACAAAUUCUUCAUUCCAUAAAGUAAUGUAAAGUUCUGCUAGACAAUCUUUCAAUCUGAUAGUAAUGUAUGCACAGUGUUACCCUUCCUUAGCGACAAUUACAGAUGCGGCUAUCACAAUGGGAAUGGUUCUUUUAAAUGAAGCAGCAACGUCAAAAGGUGAUGUUGGAAAAAGACGAAGUAAGUCAAGAUUUUACAAUUCAACAAAAAAACUUAAAGUUUAGUCCUAUUGUACGUUAAUCAUAAUAGUAAUAGCACUUCUUUGUGAUAUCAUUUGUCAAAGUGUAUUGGUGUGAGGAUUGCUAUAACCCACAACACAGAACUUUAGAAUUAGAGAAUACAGUAUGGGGCGUACUAACGGUCCUUAGAGUGGUCGGGGUAACGCAAGAAUAUAACAAAAAUUGUACACGGAAACAAGCCAAGGUCAGGAUUAUGGAGAAACAAACCAGAGAUAGAGAUACUCAGCAUCAAUGAAACAAUAAAAAACAAAGAAAAAAGUUACCUGCGCACUUUCCCAGAUCCCUGUGUAUAUUUAACCCUUAGUGACCAGAUCGUUUUUUUAUUUCUCACCGUUAAGGACCAUAGCUGCUUUUUACAUUUCUGCGGUUUUUUGUGUUUAGCUGUAAUUUUCCUCUUAGUCAUUUACUGUACCCACACAUAUUGUAUACCGUUUUUCUCGCCAUUAAAUAGACUUUCUAAAGAUACCAUUAUUUUCAUCAUAUUAUAUAAUUUACUAUAAAAAAAUUAUAAAAUAUGAUGAAAAAAUAAAAAAACACCUUUCUAACUAACCCCAAAAUCUGUUGAGCAUCUACAACUGCCAAAAAACACCCAUGCUAAAUAGUUUUAAAAUUUUGUGCUGAGUUUAGAUAUACCCAAUGUUAACAUGUUUUUUUUUUUUUUUUGCAAGUUACAGGGCUAUAAGUACAAGUAGAACAUUGCUGUUUCAAAAUAUAUAUUUUUAAAAUGUAUCAAUAGUGACAUUGUAACUGUGAUGAGAGCAAUCUCGCCACAUUGCAUUGGAGGAGCCUGGUUGCCCGCCUGCUCCCUUUAGAUUAUGGACCGGACUUUUAAAAUACUUUAUUUUCCCUGCAGAAAGGCUUAUUAAUGCCUUUCUGCCAGGGGUAGAUUUUAUCUACCGAACAAAAUAUCGAAGGCGCGACCACCGGUAAACUGGCGUGUGCCUUCAAUUUACCUCCCUGAAGCUAGCGUGUGCCGUCAAUUGACCACCCAGUAGCUGCGGUUAACCGCAGCUUAAUUGACUGUUACUGGGUGGCUGCGGUUACACUUAGCGGCCGCUAGGUGGCGGUGUUAUGGAGCUCCCCGGACAGCCAGCGGUGCUCAGCCCGGAAUCAGUGCACUAAAAGCGGACAUACUUUUACGCGCAGGCAUCACUGAGCCUCCAGCCUUCCCUGCUUCUAUUUGUGGCUGUUUAGCCGAAUGCUGAAUUGAUCGGGACUUUUUCUAUGUGAAUGUUUUAACCCAGAUAGCUAUGCCAUGGAGCCUAUUCGUGUAAUUAAAGACUUUGGCUUCAUGGCAAUUGAACUGUGUGAAUAGGAUCUGAGCGCUAUUCGGUAGUUAUGUGCGCUCAGAUCCCAGCUAUCUGGGGAUAUGUGACAUGUCUAUAUUUUAUGUAUUAAAUGUAACUUUGUAUAUUUUAAAGUAUUUUACUGUCUUUGUGUCCCCACGUGUAUAAUGGAGUUUUGCCUCUGUCCUGGGAGAUAAUUGGAUUACUUCCCAAUUAUCUGCAGGAUAGAGGGAGGGAAAUUAGGAUGCAUUGUGGGGAUGUUUUACUUCUGUGUGUCUAAAUGUGAUACAUGUCUGUCUGUGUUACAGUCUCCUAUCUGGUCCCCUAGGGGAGUGUCCACCAGGUGGGAGACCUGCAUAAAUACUGGGCAGGAAGCCCUGAAUAAACCAGACCACUGCUUGACCCUCAGCACGGAGCUCUGUCUCGUCUUUGGGGGGAUUUACUGUAUGCUGUUAGAGACUGAUUGCUAGGAGUGUAAGCCGCUUGGGUGCUUUUCCUGUUCGUCUGCUAGCAGCUAUUCGUGAGGUUCCAGUUCGGGAGUUUGGAGUGCUACGUUGUAUGCAGUCCGGGAGUUUGGAGCAUUCCCUUGAAUGCAGUUCGGGAGUUUGGAGCAUUCCCUUGUAUUCAGUUCGGGAGUUUGGUGUUCUGCAGUAGCUGUGCCUGGGUCUCUGGAAGGGAAGAUCUACUAAAUAGCAGUUUAACACUUUAAUGCCUGGGGGUUCCGUUACAGUAACACUGUGUUAUCUGUCAUAAAUCUCUAAAUCACACCUCACAUGUACAUAUUUUUUAAAGUAGACACUCCAGGGUAUUCAAUAUGGGGUAUGUCCAGUCCUUUUUAUUAGCCUCUUAGUCAAAAACACGGGCCAAAGUUAGCAUUUAUAUUUGUUUGCAUGUUAAAAUUGCAAAUAACAAUGAUGAAUGCUAAAUUUGGCCAGUGUUUGUGACCAAGUUGCUACUAAAAAAGACUUAACAUACCCCAUUUGCAAUAUUUUGGGUGGUCUUCUUUUGCAAAUGGUGUGCCAUGAUGGGGGCAAUUCUCAUACCUGGACUACCAUACGUUCUCAAAGGCAACAUAACCAACCUGGCAAUUUUCAAUAUAAAAAUAUUUAACUCUUAUAUUUGACCCUGUAACUUUCAAAACCCCUAUAAAAGCUGUACAUGGGGGGUACUAAUAUACUUGGGAGACUUCGCUUAACACCAAUAUUAGUGUUUCAAAACAGUAAAACAUAUCACAACAAUGAUAUCAUGAGUGAAAGUUCCGUUUGUGUGUGAAAAAAUGCAUAAAAAGUCACUUUCACUGACAAUAUCAUCGCUGUGAUAUGUUUUACUGUUUUGAAAAACUCAUAUAUUAAGGUUAUUAAAUAUGUAAUGGUCCAGUCUCAUUAGAGAUAUUUAUUUGCUCCCACUGAAGCAGAAAGAUGUUAUUUUGUUUAUAAUAUACUAUUUCAUUAUUAUACUUAUUAUUAAAUUAUAAUAAAUACAGUUAUUAUAUUAUAUAUAUAUUUUUUUUACCAACGUUUAUAAACGUUUACAAAUUAUCUCUUUUUCCAGUUAUAUGUCUAGUCGGAUUGGGCCUUGUCGUAUUUUUCUUUAGUUUUCUUCUCUCAAUCUUCAGAUCAAAAUACCACGGAUAUCCGUACAGGUGCGGUAAGCUAUUCUCAAUGAUUAAGCCUGUUUGCGUUUUAGCCGUUCUAUCCCAGUAUCCUGACAUUGCUCAUUUUCAGCAUUUGCAUUAAAAAAAUUAUUUCCAUCACACUGGAUUAAGUUAAUUCCACGUAUCAUGCCAAGCAACAUCUAUACCAGAUUGGGCCAUGGACAGGGCAUUUCUGGAUAUCCCUGCUUGAACUUAGAUAAAAGAAAUACCAGAAAAAUGUAUUUAGUGCAAUAAACUGUAUGAGAAAAGUUUGAUAAAGACGUGUAGGUCUGCUCUGUUUUGUGUUUUUGCUUGGCCAACAUUACAAAGAUUGUUAAAGGGAAACUCUAAUGUUAGAAAUACAUAUAUUUCUAACGUUAGAAUUUCUUGGGACUCCUUCCCCCCCUUAAAAAUAAAGACAGUUUACUUACCUUUAUGGUGGUGAUCCCUGCCAAUCCAACACUUCUUUGUAGAGAAGCAUUGUAGGGCUUACUUACUGUACAUGCGCGUCAGUCUACGUUUCCUCAUUAAAAUCCAUUAUUACAAUUUAUCUUUAUGGUACCAGUGAACGUUGGCACUAGUGAAAGUUGGUCCUACAAAGAUUGCAGGUCCAGAACAGAAAGUGCCAUAAUAGGAAGGUGUCUUGAGGGAUAAAUAUAAACAUUGCCUUUUCUCAGAAAAGGGAUUGUUAACAGUGCUGAGACUGCUAUUGACGUCUGAAGCAUUAUUAUUAUUUGGUCGCUAAAGAAAUAACCAAUUAGUAAUUAUUAAUCAUUGUACAAUAUUAAUUCACUUGAUUUACUUAGCACAUUUUGUAAAGUUAAUGUACUCUGAUUCCUUGUUUUUAUCUAUCUAUCUAUCUAUCUAUCUAUCUAUCUUUGCUUAUAAUAACUCCCUUUUUUGUUGCAGUUUUCUAAUCAAGUGAAAUUCACAAGAAUUCCGGUGAUGUAGAAAAAUAUGCUUUUUGUCAGUAUUCGAAGGCAUGUUCGUUUGUGACUUUGCUGUUAGUUUAUGCGUUAGAUUUCACUGUUGUAACGUAUUAAAGGGGUACUCCGAGGUAGUUUGAUCCAUGUUGUUUGAAACAAUAAUCAUGUUGUUUGUAAAAUAAUCAGAACAUGCAAAUUAAAAAAUAUACCCACUUGUAAAGUCCUGAAAGAUUGACCCUCUCAUGCUGGUCCGUGCAGUCUGACAUAUUAGACAUGUUUAGUGGUUGUUUAACUCUCUUUGCAGAGUUUAGAAGUGCGAUAGUGACAGUCUGACCACAACCUCAGUUCUGCUCAAAACGAGGGUCUCUACAACUUAUAGUUCACCUGUCAGUUUUCUACUUGUGAAGACUGUUUAGUAAUCUUCAACUCCCAGAAGAAUUUGCUGUUAAAUCAGAGAAACACUGUAUUCAAAAUGGGAGAGACAGAUAUAGAUUGUGUUUGACAUCAUCUGCACAUGUUCAGUAUUUAGCAAGAUGGAAGUAUUUUGGAACAGGGGAGAUGGGACAUGGGAUGCAGAAUGUUGCAAAAUCAAUAUACAUAUAUAUUUCAGAAAAAUCUGUUCAUAAAUUUAAAAUAAUUAUUUAGAUCAAAAGCUAUAAAGUUCAUAAAAGUUGCAUUGGUGUCCCUUUAAUUUUGGUUUUGUCGCAUUCACUGGAAUUGUACUGUAAAAUGAAAUGUGAUAUUUAUAAAACAUACUUUAUUCUUGUAGGAAGUAAUUCAGCUUUUUAAUAAUUGUACCACUAUGAAACAUUUUGCCUAUUAGAUUUUUUUAAUUUGAUCUUGAAUCCAAUCACUGUUUACAGUGGAGACCCCCAUGUAUAUUUACUGUGUUUUGUAAUUUUAUAAUCUUAUUAUUUGCUAAUUUAAAAUCCUUAUGUAUUUGAAUAGUUUACAGAUAUAUGUGAGUCACUAUAUGCCCAAAUAUCUAGAAAUUAGUAUUUCGUAAUGAUGACACUUAACAUGCAGCUACUAUGUGUUGUUUUUGUUUUGGCAUAAUAAAAUUAUUGAUCAAAAUUUGGCUAUAUGUCAUAUUUGGUGUUAUUUGUUGAUGCAAAAUGUUUUC